AUGUCCGAACUCAUGUCCGCGGAGGCCCAAGAGCGUGUUCUAUUCAUGCGUCAACAAUGUGAAGAAGCGCUGUCGAUGUUUGACACCAUGAGUCUGGAACUCGAGAGUAAGAUUGCUAUUCAUGAAGGAGUCUUGAAGGGCGUGCGGAGCACACGGGCAGAGAGGAAUGCCAUUUUGGAGGAGCAGCUAUCAAGGUUGGAAGGAAUCGCUUCCAGAAUGGAAGAAAGAGCUUCUGAGAUGGAAGAAAUGUUGCGUACUUACAGAUUACAGUAA